AUGUCUGAUUGGGAUCUUUCUGUGUACCAUAGCCUCCCUGUGUCUGCACAGAAUGCGGCCAAAGUCUUGCGAUUUGUACUUGGGGAGAAGAAAGGCGGUCCCCUCCCAAAGUGGACAAAGACACACAUUAACUCAGUUUUGCUGUUUUUUUCGCCUGCUCCCGUCCCAAAGGAUCAAACGUCUGAAGAAGACAUGAGCGCGGAGGCCUCACUGCAGCUGCUGCUUCUGCCGCUACGACACUUGUCUCCAACAGGUGCCAUGUCCGUAGGCGGACACCUCCACUGUAGUGAAUUACUGCUCUGCGUUGGUGGGAUGUUUCAGAUGGUUCCCACAGGACUCGGCCUGUGA